AUGACUACUAGUAAUCUUGGACCCUGUGCUGUUCGAUUGUUUUUCUGUUCAAAACCGGGGCGCAUUAUGGCUUGCUUUUUCUCACUGUUAACAAUCUAUUUGAUAUAUUCAAACUGGAAUAGCAAUACAAUUGUGCAGACAGAUGUGGCCCCAACAGUAGCCCCAAGUAAUCAUUCACGGGCGCAUAAAAUUUUGCUAGAUUUGUGUAAAGCUUAUGCGGAACAAAAAGUGAGCGGUGAUUUAUGUAAUCGUUUAUGCUACCAUAAAAAGUGGAGUAUUUUGGAUAUGUAUGAAGGAAAUAAAAUUGUUAUCACGAUCAAGGAUGGUGGACAAGAGAUUGUGCUCAAAAGUCAGCAUUUAUAUAUUGAUGAAUUUGAACAUUUGGAUCCACGAAUUAAUGAAAGCCUAUUUUUUGACGCUAUACUUGGCAUAGUUAAUUAUAAUCUAAAGUUGGGCUGGCCUUCACAUUACAAACAUCAUCUGAUUGAAAUUCUUUGGCCGAUGUAUGUUCGCAAAGAACGUGAUUCAUUGUCUGAAGCCGAUCGUCGAAGUUUAUGGGCACUUCUUUCCCAGGAUGAAUAUAUUACUUUCCGUGUUCUACCCCUUACGCGUGUUACACCGAAGAUCAUUGGUACAUGUGGACAUUUCUAUCAGGUAGAAACAUUGGUUCCAUUCCAUAUGAAAGGUUAUUAUAUGAAUUUGAAAGCUAAAAUAUUACUCCAUUUGAUGGGAACUUUGAAAUUGUUCGAUGAAUUUUUGAAUGAACCAUUACAAUGGUGUGAUAUAAAAUUUGAUAAUCUUGGGCUUGCUGCUGAUUAUCCAAAAAGAUUUAUGGUGAUGGAUGCAGAUAUGCUGUAUACUAAAUCACGUCUGAAAGCAGUGCUGACUAAUCGAAUAUGCAAGCAGGAUAUGGAUUGUCAUUAUUUCGACUGCCAUGCGAAAUGCAAUAAUGAAACGGGAUUCUGUACUGAUCGGACAAAUAGUAAUUUAGAAGUAUUUUGUGACAAGCUCAUUUACCAGUUGUAUGGUAAAUUUUGGACAAAAUCAAAUCGAUACUUGGCUGCAUGUCGCGAUACGUCUGUGACAUUUGAGCAACGAAUUGCUUCUUUACGAUUACUGUGGUCAUGGAAUUUUUCUGAUGUGUAA